AUGGAACCCUUUACCACCCAUGACUUAGAGAAAUGGCGAGAACAAUGGAAUACCGAGAUGUCUCAUCUGCCCAAAGAUUUGCAACAGCCGUUCCCAGAUCCAAGCCAGUUCAAAACCGCAACUCAUAUGCGUAACAUCAUUGAACUCCUCGAACAACACGACAUCGCUUGCUGCAUCGUUGGUAUCAAGGCUCUGUGUUAUUACGGCGCUGGAAGACUUUGCGAGACCAUUGAAUUCUGUGUUCCCACCCAACAACUCGAAGCGGCCAACUCCAUUUUCUCCAACGGCCCGGCAAGUCAAAACUACACACCAUGGCGAGGAUUCAACCCCGUUGCGGAAGCUAGACUUCGUUGCUCUCUCUAUCACACCUUCCCUCGCUACCGUCUCAAUUCAGAAGAUGAUGGCGCUCUCUUUGACUUCUACCUCGUUCCCUCCGUCGACUGGCGAUUUGAAUGCAUCCCCGAGAACUUCGAGUACAGCGCCCAGUGCCGGUUACCCUACCCGAAGCUCCAACUUUUUGCUCAGUCCCUCCUAGAGAGACAAAAUAUGAGCGACAUCCAAGACCUAGUUGACGGCAUGGACCUCACCGAAGAAUGGGGCAACGAACACCUUUUCGGCAACGAAACUAGCCCUGGCGCAAAAGAUGACUACGCCCAUUGGGUAUCCAACAAGAACGCACAAAUCCGCGCUGCCUUGCCCGACGCGGUCAAAAACGAUCCACUGACCACUAUCUUGGGCACCUCACUGUACGAGCUUGGAGAUGGUCCGAUUAAUUUCCGCGAGAACUUCAACCACCUCGCCCGGACGCGGCAAGAACGGAUUGGACCGGAAUACCCACCGGGUACCUUUGUUACGAAGUUUAGAGCGAAAGGGUCGCCGGAUCCGAGGACGGAAAUCAGAUUUGACGUGUAG